AUGCGACCCAUUUUGUCUGCAACAGAUACAUACAACUAUACUCUGGCGAAGUGGUUGGACGAGAAGUUGAAACCCUUAUCUAUCAACGAGUACACGAUUUCCGACAUCUUCCAUUUCUCCGAAGAGAUCCAACAUCUACAAAUCGGUGACAAUGAUUUCUUGGUGUCGCACGAUGUCACAGCCCUCUUCACUAACGUUCCGCUAGAAGAAACUAUUCAGAUUUUAGCAAAGAAAGCAUUCAAUGGGAACUGGUUUAACAAUACACACAACCUUAACAUUUGUGAAGGAGACCUAAUCAAACUGCCUACAAUUGCAAACAAAGUUCAACUUUUCCAGUUUAACGGCGACUUGUACGAACAAAUAGACGGUGUUGCGAUGGGCUCACCAUUAGGACCACUAAUGGCAAACACCUUUAUGUGCUCCAUCGAGGAGAAACUUGCACAUGAAAACAAACUUCCCAAUUUCUACAGAAGAUACGUUGAUGACACCUUUGCUCUAGUACCUGACCUUACCGCUGCUAGCGAUUUCCUUUCAAUUCUGAAUGAUGCGCACCCGGCAAUCCAAUUUACAAUGGAAACAGCUGUCAACAACAGCUUACCCUUCGUAGGCAUGGUAAUCACUAAGACCGACAACCACUUUAACACCCCUGUUUACAGAAAAAAGACCAACAAAGGGCUUUUACUCCAUUAUCAGAGCCAUGUAGACAACAGGUAUAAACGAUCGCUAAUAAGAACUAUGCUUGAUCGUGCUAAACGUCUGUUAUCCUCACCAGACCUCUUCUCCAAAGAAUGCUACGAUCUAAGGAAAAUGUUUCUGAAAUUAAAAUAUCCUGUAAAACUUAUUGAUUCCAUUUUUAUGAGAUUUCACGCCUCCCAAGAUCUGAACCAAAGCUGUAUUGAGCCAAUUGACAGCCCUGUAUUAAUAACCUUGCCUUUCAAAGAUCAGAAAUCUGCCGACUCCGUUCGCAAGCAACUAAACGACCUUGGAAAGAAAAUCGAUCGUGUAAUACAACCAGUUUUCACAACAACAAAUGCGAAUCGGCCACUGGAACAUCCAAUGUAUCCAGCAGGUCAUUUCUUCGCAACUCAACAACUUCAACAAGUACAACUUGCUGCAGCGAAUGUUCCAAACAACCCAUGUACGGGUCAGGAUUGUCCAAAGGACAAGAAUGGGGAAAACAUGUACAGAAACAGAAACAGAAACCAAAAGCAGCUGACUGGUCUAUUGAGGAGACAAAAGAGCGCUACAGCUAGGCUCCUCGUUUUGAAAGACUGA